AACGUAGGAGAUAACAGAAUAGCUUUAAUAUCAAGAAACAUGGCUUCUCGUGGGUCUCGUUUAAUAAAGGCAUUAGAAUUGUAUACGAAAUUCAAACCAAAUCAAUUUGACACCAGCGUUAUUUUAAAGCAGGUGAAAAUAAACUCCAUAACGGCUGGAGUGAGCCGUAGCACGUUCACAGUGGAACGCAGCAUGUGCAAUGGCGGCGACACUUUACACGGAGGCUUUAUUGCGGCUUGUGUAGAUGCUUUGUCAACGUUCGCACACCUGGGAACUACGGGGAAAAUUGCGUGGACCAUGGGUUUGAAUCUUGAUUUCAUCGCAGCAGCUCGCAUCGGCGAGGUGAUAACGGUCGAGACUUCGGUGCUCCGUCCAGGCAGUCUCACAGCGGUGGAGACCUCCUUCCGAAACUCUCAGGGGGCGCUAGUAGCCAAGGGAACCACGACGCUGAUGAAUGGAAGGGACCAGUACCAGAAGUUGGUCAAGGAAAUCUACCACUUUGAUCCAAAUGAAGUGGAUGAUGAAUGAUUGUAAUAGCCUGCUGUAUUUUUUUAUCGUACUUUUAAUAAUAUAACCUUAUUAUUUUUGUUAGUUCAACCUACUUAAAGAAAAUUAUAUCGAUUAACAAUAUUCAAAAUUACAAAUAGUAUUUUUGUUAUUUCAUCAAAAUCCUUUCAUUUUUUUUAAUUAUGAGACCAUCAAAAUUUUUUACGAGUUACUUACACUAUAAUACGAGUAAGUAGAUCAUUAAAUUACUGCCAAAGUUUUAAUUAAGAAACAUCCACCUAUUCAGAGCUUAAGGUUUGAAAUUCAAAUUGCAGUCAAAUGACUGCUCCCGUCUUUCUAGUGUUAAAUUAAAUAACUACUCAAACUUUUUUAAUCUGACUGGCCAUUCACAUCACCACUAACUUUUAUGCCUAAAAAAAAACAAACGCCAAAUUUUUAAUCUAUUACCCGCGUUUCCCGCCACAAUCACAAAUCUUUUGUUUACAUUAUGCAUGACAGAGGAAUUUUUGUGUUCGGCGCAGAUAUAAUUCAUACAGAUUCACGUGACAAUGUAUCUUCCCUGCCCUUGGAGUUGUCUUGGAGAAUAUUCUCGUAAGUUUCUCAUGUCUUGAUAAGUAACGCGACGUAUAUUUCAGUUUUUUCAUUUGCAUGCGAGUGUUAUAUUUUAUACUUUACGUCUAAUGAAAUUAUAGGAACGUCGUGAAAGUCACGUCUUAUGAAAAAAGCUGCGCACAGAAUAAAAUAUAUUAACAUGAAUUUAUAGCAAAUAAAAGUCAAGAAUGUUUGACAAUAUUUAUGUGGACUUAUUUUAUUUUAUUGUUAUAAAAAAAAUAUUACCAGUACUAACUUAUGUAAGAGGACUUGAGUGAGGAGGACUAUUUUCAGUAGUGGACGUCGUUUGGCUAAAACGAUGAAGUUGAGUAGGUAUUUUAAAUUUAAAAUAAAUCUCAUAAACUCAGUGAUUAUUUUUUUUAAAUUAAUUUUCAGGUUCUUAGACGGUACGGCAUUAAGAAAUGCGAGUUUUGCUUACAAAAAAUGGAAGAGGAUAAUAAUUUGUAACAAAAAAUUGAGAAGACGUCUGAACAGUUUCGAACUGUCCAUAGUUUUGG